UCAGUCGCGUCAACAUAUACUACAGGCGCCUCAGUCCGCCGUUCCUAUCGUCGGCGACUCUGAGUGAUCGUUUUCGACGAGUCUCUCCCCGGACGUUAUGAUGUGAGUGAUCGUUAACGUGGCAUCGUAAUCGAUCCGUUUUUAGAGGCAGUGAUUGCAAGUCGCUGUGUCCUGCUUUAUUGUGGUGAAAUAUUUGAAACACAAAACAGGCUCCAUGGUGAAGAAAAAGUCGGCACGAUUUUAGAAUUGUUUGCGAAUGGAUUCAGUCAUUCGGACGCAAGAUCUUUCUUAAAAUAAAAAAAAUAAAGAAAAAAUAAAGUACAGCAGCAAUAACGAGUUGACGACGAAAGUAAUGAGUUACCUGAACGUGCAAUGAUGGUUUUAAGAUAAUGAAAACUGCAGAGUGAAAUCGCUGUGGGCGGGAAUAAACCGGGAGUUAAGGAUUCUCUCUCUCUCUCUCUCCUGGCGUUAUCCCAUAAAUGAUCGGAUAAAAAAAUAAAAGGUGAUCACUGUUGGUUUUGUGGACAUCAUUCCUUGUUCUUUUGCACCUUAGCUCCGAACAAGAUUGCGAUGCCUUGUGAUCUCUCGUCCGUGGUGGACUGAAACAUCAGUGGCAUUCGGAACUGGCGUUCGGCAUGGGGUCAGCUCCAGUGCCACUCGUUCUCCUGGCGCUGACGUCCCUGGUCUACAACAUCGAGGCUGAUUUGGGAUCCAGAGACGUAGGUCAGGUUCCAGGAUGGGAAACUUCUUCACAGGGGGAGCCUGACUUCAGCGAGGUCGUAGCCCUGCCCGUGGCAGGGUCAGCUGCUGCCGCUGCCCAAGCAGGGCCAGGGUACGGGAACAACACUGCAAGUUCCGCCGGGGUCAACAUCGAGCCCAGCAUCGCCAACGUGGGCAGCAAUACCACAGACAACAACGUCACCACCAUCACUGCCCAGCUGGGCUCGUCGGUGUUUCUGCCCUGCAAGACGCACCAUUCUAUGGAGCGACAGUAUCUGCCGCAGGUAUCAUGGGUGCGGCGAAGGGAUUGGCACAUUCUUACAUCUGGCAGCUUGACCUACACCCAAGAGGAGAGGUUCAGUGUCCAUCAUCCAGAGGGCAGCACUGAGUGGACUCUUGCCAUCAAGUACGUCGAGCUGGAAGAUGCAGGCACAUAUGAAUGCCAAAUCUCGACGGGGGGAGGGCUGCUAUCCCGCCUGGUCUACCUGGACGUCAUUGUACCGAGAGCUGUCAUACCUGGACAUGGAGAGUACCACGUCGACACAGGAUCCACGAUAUCCCUGGACUGUUAUAUUCAACAGAGCUCCGAGGCACCGCAGUACAUAUUUUGGUACCACAACACCCGCAUGAUCAACUACGACCGUGAGCGAGGUGGGGUGAACGUCCACAUAGACACAGGACCCAGGGUUCGUUCCCGGCUCACGCUAACGCACGCAACACCUGCGGACUCCGGAAAUUACACCUGCGCAGCUGCCAACACGGAGCCUGCAUCCAUCACCGUUUAUAUAACUGAAGGUAACAAGAUAGCAGCCAUACAACCUCGAGCCGUGGACGGCGCUCUCUCCCACAGAGCCUCCGUAGGCCUCCUGACCACAGGCCUAUUGUUGGCCUGGUGCCUCGUCAGCAUUCACUGAGGAGACCACCCAUCGCCCCCCACACCGGAGGAGGUGAUACGACGGAGAGAAAGAAAAAAAAACUCUUUACAACUCUUUUUCUUUCUAUCUAUCUUCCAUAUGAUCCAUAGAAGGCUUCUUGGUAGAGGAGCCCUUCCAGUCAUACUCGAAACUCAUCUGAAUACCGUGAAGGAGACUCCACUACGUUAUGGCUGUAAUGGUCAAGUUUCAAGUUCCUCUCUCUCUCUCUCUCUCUCUCUCUCUCUCUCUCUCUCUCUCUCUCUCUCUCUCCUUAUAUAUAUAUAUAUAUAUUCAAGUGAAAGCCGUUUUAUAUUUUAUUCCACUCUACAAAAUGAAAGGCCGUUCUCCUUUCUCUCUCUUGUCCCAUCUCCCUCUCCCUCUCCCUCUUUUUAUCAUGUGUCCUAUAGAGGGAUAUCAUAAUUAAAAAGGCUCUCGAAUGGAACGCUCUAUUCCAGAGGUACUGUAUGUCAAGAUGGAAUGGAGCCGCGCGCGUCCCUCUCGUUCCCUCUGGAAUGGGAGACUGAGGAGCAUUUACUGAAAGGAAGUCCUUCAGAAAUAGACUCUUAACCGGUUCGUGUUUUCGUCAGUUUAGGACGAGAAAAAGAUAAAACCGAAAGGUGUAUUUUGAAUAAGCAAUAUGAACGACACUCCAAGAGGCAACUUUUGUUCUUUUUUUAAAUCACUGAGACUGUAAAAAUAUACAUAUACAUAUAUAUAUUUUAAGCGGCGUAGUGAGAGAAGCUGAUGUUUAUGUCAUUUUAACCCUAAUGAUAAUUUUAAGUCAUUGUUUUUCAUAACAUAGAACUUUUGGGUCACAGCCUUGUCGAGUGAACACGUAUACGUCGAACUCUCUCGUUCAGGAAAGAAAGUCGAGUCCGGAAAAUGAAAGUAGGAAGGACUCGGAGCUUCUGCCAAGACUUUCUCCUGUGGAAAGUGCAAAUUUGAUGUUUGACCAGUCGCGCUAGAGGUAGAAAAGGAAAACAACAACAAAUCUCAGAGUGUAGCUGUUUUACGUGUUUUUUUUUUUUCGUUUGGCCGCUGGUGGUAAAAAAAAUGUAAAGAAUAUUGUGAACAAGGAGUGAUAUAUAUGAAAAAAUGAGAUCGGCUUUACAAUGUUGAUACAGUAAUCCCACCUUUCCUUUUGAUGCUAGUGGUGGACUCCCAAGAGAACGAACGAGUGAUAAAGCAGAAAACAGACCACUUAGUUCUUCGUGUGAUAGACACAUGGUAUUUUCUUAUGGCAGUGGUGUGUAACGUUCAUUAAGUGUCGCCGUAUCAGUCAUUUUUGGACCUAGAAAUAAGUAGUGUACAACUGAACGUCCUGUUGUUUGAGAAUGGGGAAACUGCCAGGAGGGCGGUGUUGUGAUCUGUAGAAUGUGAGCAAACGGUUUGAUUUUUUAUAACCCCGCCCCC